AUGGCGGAACUGCUGAGAGAAGCCCCACUGGGCCAAAUCAUUCGCUGGGUCACCAAAGGCAGGUAUCUCCAAUAUCCAGAAGAAAAAGAGGGAUUCGAACUCCCAGCCACAUACAACGCGCUUCUCAACGCGUCAGAGAAAAAGACGGUUGCUGCCACCAGGACCAAUACCCGAGGGACCCAGGAGCGAGCUGAACGUCAACGAUCACAGUCCACUUCGUCAAGUGAUUCCGAGACUGUUGACACCUCUGAACUCGAAAAGGCUCAGACACAGAGAGAAGAACCUUCCGCAUAUACACCAGCGGACAAGGACGUCGAAGCUCUCUCCCUUAGUCGAACGAAGAGCCGUCAUGAAACCGUACCUUAUACCGAAGCAAGACUCGAGCUUGAGGCAGAACUCUCUCUUGCUCGCACAGAAACUAGACCUAUCGUUCCCCUCAAGACCUCCGAUGGAAACAUCCUCGUUGACUGGUACACUACCGAUGAUCCAGCGAAUCCUCAAAAUUGGUCCAAUGGCAAACGCGCCUUUGUCUCGAUAGUCAUUUGUUUAUACACAUUCGUCGUCUACACCGGCUCUGCAAUCUACACUUCCAGCGAAGAAGGCGUAAUCCACAAAUGGGGUCUCCGUCCAGUCGAUGCCGCUCUGCCCCUUUCCCUAUACGUCCUCGCCUAUGGAAUGGGUCCAUUGAUCUGGGCUCCUCUCUCUGAAAUUCCCAUCAUCGGCCGCUCCCCAGUGUAUGCUUCGACCAUGGCACUCUUCACGAUCCUCUCCUUGCCAACCGCCAUGGUCGACAACUUCGCUGGUCUCCUCGUCCUCCGUGUCCUCCAGGGAUUCUUUGGAUCUCCUUGUCUUGCCAACGGUGCAGCAACCAUGCAAGACAUGUACUCUCUCCUAUACCUUCCCUACGCUCUCGUCGCCUGGGUGUCAGCAGCGUACUGCGGCCCUGCUCUUGGCCCUCUUCUGUCAGGCUUUGCAGUGACCGCGAAAGGAUGGCGAUGGUCCCUCUGGGAGAUCCUUUGGGCAGCCGGACCCAUCUUCCUCGUAAUGUUCAUGCUUCUCCCGGAGACCUCCACACCCAAUAUCCUCCUCCGCCGGGCCAAGCGUCUCCGCAAGCUCACAGGCGACAAUCGUCUUCUCUCUCAGUCUGAAAUCGACCAGAAGGAAAUGUCAGCUUCCAAGAUCCUCGUCGAUGCCAUCGUCAAGCCCAUCGAAAUCACAAUCAAAGAUCCCGCGAUCGCGUUCGUCAAUGUCUACACCGCAAUCAUAUACGGUGUGUACUACUCCUUUUUCGAGGUUUUCGAAAUGUCCGGCAUCGAAGUGAGAGUAAUAAAUUCUAUAGACCGACUUAUUAGGUAUAGUAAGGGUAAGGUAAGCUAA